AGAGACUGUACUCACCCUGCUGGAAUGGCAAAGCAAAGAUACCGUACAGAUGGAAGUGGACACUACACGACGGCAGGGGCGAUGGCUAGCAGCAAAGAAGAAUUCUCGGGAAAUUUCUACAUGAAGUUCCUGGCUUUCGUUGCAUUGGCUUUGUGCGUGGUGGGGAUGGCGUUCGUGGUGAUGAAUCACUGGCUUGCGACAUUGCCCUCCAAGGAGCCUCCACCGAUGAUGCCCGGACAGCCCAUGCAAUCCAAGGCUCGCAUGCCUGGAGACUUUCCAACCAAUUUCAUGUUAGGAGGAGCUGGGAACACUGUCUUCAAAGGGUUGACACGUGUUCAUCACUACCAUGUCAACAAGUGAAAACUUAAGUUCAAAGCUCUCCUGCUUGAACGAUCCAGCUGCUAGCUUGACAGUGGGGCACAGACGUUAUCUUCUUCAUGUGAACUUUACUCUUAAGUGUCAUUCGCUAUCGCGAAGUUGUAGACUAUGGAAUUCCUCCCAUACGAAGGCAUGAUUACUGCUUAUUCGGAUCCUAUUGCUAAUUCGUAUCAUUAUUGCUUUACAAUAAAUCGAGAAAAUUCUGACGAG